CAAGCAAGGCUAUGGUCCCCAACGACGUUGGCGAGUCACAGCAGCUGCAUCGUCCAGCUGGUCCAAGCCGUCUAAACUCGGACUGUUACGCCCUCAGCAAGUUCGGCACGCGCAUCUGAUGAAGUGCACAUCAUCUUGCCCAAGUUUCCCGGCCACGUCUUCCAUCAAAGCGCUGCAGGGCCGUGCUCGCCUUACCGUCACUCCAUCCCCUUCCCGCCCGACAUGGGCCAACGGCAUUUCCACUUGUUACCAAGUCUCUAUCUGCGACGAAUCCGCGCCUCGCUCUCGACCCUUCUCUAAUCACUGCGGUGACACGCUGCCCUAUACACGUCGCAACGAUACAUGCAAGAUUUACGACAUCAUCAGCCCUCUGACCGUAGCUCAUCCCCUUGCACCGACCGCGGCAUACAUCUCCAAGGUUUUCAAAAUCGGACCUACUGUCUUCAUAACUGUCUCUCCUCGACGCGGCGGCUCUCUUCCUUGUACAUUUCACCUCAUCGUCGUCUUCUCCUAUCUAAUACACACUCUUUUUCGUUGGCAUCCUGCCUCGUCGCCGCAGCCAAGCUGCGCGUCAAUCGUAUGAAGCUGUCUUCUGCUCACAACUCGAGCACGCACCCACAGGCGUAGCAUCCUACUCAGCGGCAAAUGCGAACUUACCCCCCUGCGAGAGCGACCAAGGAGCGAGGAGCAGUCGAACGAUGGUGUGCUCUAAAUUGCUUCAAUGCGCCGAUCACUCGACUGCGACUUGCCUGAAGAGAGAUGAUGGUGGAUGCCGCGCUUGACU